AUGAGCCAAACAACGGGCAGCAUGCGCUAUACGCUCUGCGACACAUACGAGGCAGCUGCCGAAGCAUCGGACGCGCUGUCCCGCCAUGAAACCCUCAUUCUCGACUGCGAAGGCCGUGACAUAGGAAUGCCCGACGGCGAACUGGGCAUCAUAGCCAUCGGCGACUCCACUGCAUCCCACGUCUAUCUCUUCGACACGCUCGCCCUCUCUAACAAGCAACAUCCCCUUCUCUCACGCUUAUUCACCCUCCUCCGCCGACCCGAUAUCAUGAAGCUCGUUUGGGACGGCCGCUCGGACUUCUUCGAGAUCGCGGACACAUACGGGGUCCUCAUGCAAGGCGUCGUCGACCUGCAGCUUGCCGAGGCCGCACAACGUGCUCGACUCAAUCCCAGGAAGCGCAAGGGCUUCCGUGCAGGGCACACGCUUAAGUACUUCAAGAAGAUGCAGGAUGAGCUGCUAGCCGAGCCCGCUGCCCUGGAAGGCAUACACCGGCUCUUUGGCUUAGAACACUGCGCGGGAAUCUUCCAGGCGCUCGACGAAUCGGGGGGCAAGGACCCCGCGGUAGUCGCUAUGCACUACGAGAGGGGUGGCGACAUGUGGAUGCUCCGACCCCUUCCCGCCCCACUCCUCCGCUACUCUUGCCACGACAUCGAGAUGAUCGCCGCUAUGUACGCCCGCUUCAGCAAAUUCGGUUACCUGAAGCCACUGGACGAACUCAAGGCGACGACCGAGCGCUAUCUGCACUCGUAUCCGACUCGCGAACUUCGAGCUUUGCAUGCCUCGCUCGACCUAUGCAAAUUCGUUCCUAUGGAUGUAUUGACGCCUCCAAUCCCCAAUACAAUGCGACGUGCAGGGUAG